AUGGGGAUUCAUAGCGUGGACCCGGCGAGACAGGACGCCGUAGUUUAUGAAAUGAUUAUAGUUAUACCUAUCAACUGUACGGACGCUAGCACGCUGUCGACAGAGAAUGGUAGAUGUAGUGAGAGCGAAGACGUGUUUGCCUGCGACGACCGACAGUGCAUCCCCGUCGCACAGAAGUGCAAUGGCAUCGCCGAGUGCAAGAACGGAUACGACGAGAGUCCAUACGUGUGCGGCUGCAUGGAGAACGAGUUUCAAUGCAACGACACCUGCAUAGACAUCCUGUUCCGCUGUGAUGGCAAGAUAGACUGUGGUGAUAAUAAGGACGAGGACGACUGUGAGUCGUACGUGUGUCCGUUAUCGCACAUUAAAUGUGAUAACCACAAAUGUGUGUGGAGCGACAAGGUGUGCGACUACGUCGACGACUGUGGCGACGGCUCCGACGAGAAAAACUGCCAAGUUCAGGAGCAUGUUGGUUGGAAGAGAAAACAGUGCAAUAACACAGAGUUGGGCAUUAAUCAGUGGUUCUUCUGUGAUGGCGAGAUCGGGACUGCCAAGGAUGCUAGGCGAACGCAAAAAAGCGGACUGGCAAAACCCCGAUGCGCGCUACCGAUCCGCUGCGACGGGACGAAUAUAGGCUGGCAUCUCGCGAGGAUCACGAUCUGCGACGGCAUCGGCGACUGGUCAGAGACAGCGGAUAUAUCUUUCGAAUCAACGACGAACGAAUCUGGCGAUUGCUCAAACAACACGAUAGCCGACGAGGCGUCCUGCCCCGAUCACCACGGUCCGUCGAUCUUCUGCGACGGUCGAUGUCUGCCACGAGCAAGCGCCGUCUGCAACGGCCGCGCCAACUGUCUGCAGAAGAAGGACGAGAAGAACUGUGAUCUGCUAUGCAAUGAUACGCACCUGCAAUGUAAAGAUAGUGGAAUGUGCAUCGAGAAAAGUGCCUGGUGUGAUUUCAAGAUGGAUUGCCUGGAUGGUACCGACGAGACGGACUGUGACCCACUGCCGCCAUGUUUGAGUGAUGAAUUCCGAUGUGACAGUGGUCAAUGUAUACAGCAGGAGUACAGAUGUGAUUACUACCAAGACUGUACAGACGCCAGCGACGAAGGACCUGACUGCGCGUAUCCGGAGCAGGAGUGUAACUGGAACACCGAGAUGCGCUGUGCUAGCGGUCAGUGUGUGCCGAUUACAAGCUGGUGUUUGAAGCUCCGAGACGCUCCAAGAACCGGCUGCGCCGAUAAUUCUCACUUGACGAGUUGCAAGAACUGGACGUGUUCCGACGACCAUCAGCUGAAGUGUAGAAACUACUACUGCAUACCGGAGGCGUAUCACUGCGACCAGAAGCCGGACUGUGAGGAGACGUGGACAGACGAGGACGGAUGUCCGUUCAACUGCAUGAUCCCGUCGCAGGAGGACUGCGUGUGUCAGGAUGUGAAGAUGGAAUGCACCUACUUGAACAUGACGAGUCUAUCCGACGACAUACACGACAAUGUGAAAGCGAACAAACUGUCGCGACUAAACUUCACGGGAAAUCUUCUAGGCACUACGUUCAGCGCAACCACUCUCGAUCCCUACAUAUCGUAUGCCAUCGUACAUCUCGAUGUCAGCAACAACCUCGUUACUCGACUCGGAUCUGGUUGGUUUAUUCAGCUGAGCCACUUGCAGAUUCUGGAUUUGAUGAGAACGAGCUGCUGCUAUAGUCAACGGCACAUUCAAAGGCUAGCAAGUCUCCGUGACCUAGAUUUGAGUGGAAACGUGAUUGUGAACAUUGACUCGAAGGCAUUCGAGGGUCUUUCGUCUCUACGCGAAUUGGAUCUUAGUCACCAGCAAAUCGAGAGACUGGUGCGGAACACUUUUCAAGGACUUAGGCAGUUGAAUACUUUAUCUUUAGCUUAUAACAAAAUCGAACACAUUGAGGACGGGGCCUUCAAUGGGCUCUCACAUCUCAAAUCAUUGGACAUCACGAACAACCGAAUAGUCGUGAUCGAAGACAACGUUUUCAAUGGACUUCCAUUUUCGCAACUUACUCUGAAAACCGAUGAGUUUCGCUUCUGCUGCCUCGCCAAGGGCGUGACGAAAUGUCUUCCCGAGCCGAACCAGUUCUCGUCUUGCGAGGACCUCAUGUCGAACGUUGUGCUGCGCGUGUGCGUGUGGGUGCUGGGAGCAGUGUCACUCAUCGGCAACGCGAUUGUCAUCGUGUGGCGACUCGUCGACAAGAGAGACGGACAAGUGCACUCGUUUCUCAUCACCAACCUCGCCAUCGGAGACAUGCUAGGAGGCGUCUAUCUAAUCGUACUCGCCACCGUCGACACCUACUACCGCGGCGUCUACAUCGCUACACGACAAUGUUCUGGCGGCGAGGGCGUGCUCUGCCAGCUGUCCGGCUUCGUCGCGACGCUGUCCAGCGAGCUGUCCGUACUCAGCCGCUGA